CCAAGCUAGCCCAUCUGCAUCACCAUCCCAACAGUACCAAAUAUAAUAAUAGAAAGGAAGAAAAAAGAAAUGGUAGUAUUGGAUCUAGAUCUUCUGCUUUUCUUCUAUAAACAAAAUAUGGUGUUUCCCCCUCUACAAUCCCAAAACACAGAUCAAUUGUUCUUUGCUCUCAGCAAUGCCUGCACCUCUACGGAAUCCUCUGCUUUCUCCCACAACCUUCUCUUUCACCUUAUUUCUCUGGAUAAACUCUCUUUUCUUCUCUUCUUGUUACUCCAUUGAUGCACAAGGCCAGGCUCUUUUAGCAUGGAAAACCAGCUUGAACAGCUCAACGGAUGCUCUGAGAUCAUGGAAUUCUUCAGAGACAAGUCCCUGCAACUGGUUUGGGAUUUACUGCAACUCCAAUGGGGAAGUGGUGAAGAUAAGCUUGAAAUCUGUGGACUUGCAGGGCCCUUUGCCUGCAAAUUUUCAGCCCCUCAAGUCCUUGGACACUCUCAUCCUCUCUUCAACCAACCUCACUGGGACUAUCCCAAAAGAAUUUGGGGAUUACCAAGAGAUGGUUGUGAUUGAUAUCAGUGACAAUUCUAUCUUAGGGGAAAUCCCAGUGGAAAUUUGCAGGCUGAGAAAGUUGAGGACUUUAUCUCUCAACACAAACUUUCUUGAAGGUGAACUUCCUUCUGAUAUUGGAAACCUUGCCAGUCUUGUGUAUCUUACACUCUAUGACAACCAGCUCAGCGGUGGAAUUCCAAGGAGUAUUGGAAAGUUGAGAAAUUUGGAGAUUUUUCGGGCAGGAGGCAAUCAGAAUCUCAAAGGUGAGCUGCCAUGGGAGAUUGGAAACUGCACCAAUCUGGCCAUGUUAGGCCUGGCUGAAACCAGCAUUUCUGGGAGCCUGCCUUCAUCAAUUGGGAUGCUGAAGAGAAUCAAAACCAUUGCCAUCUACACAGCUUUAUUGUCUGGUCCAAUCCCUGAAGAAAUUGGGAACUGCAGUGAAUUGCAGAACCUCUACUUGUAUCAGAAUUCAAUCUCUGGUUCGAUCCCCAGGCAGAUGGGCGAGCUCAAAAAUCUUGUAAGCUUGCUGCUAUGGCAGAACAGCAUAGUUGGGACAAUCCCUUAUGAGCUGGGAAGCUGCAGCAAUCUCAAAGUUGUUGAUUUAUCGGAAAAUCUUCUUACUGGCAACAUCCCAAGAAGCUUUGGGUUUCUUCCAGGGCUUCAAGUUCUUCAGCUGAGUGUUAAUCAGUUAACAGGUACAAUUCCAUCUGAGCUCACAAAUUGUACAGCCUUGACUCAUUUGGAAGUUGAUAACAACAACAUUUCAGGAGAAAUUCCUGCUUUGAUUGGCAACUUAAAGAGCUUGACUCUGUUCUUUGCCUGGAGGAAUAAUCUAACAGGCAAGAUUCCAGAGUCUCUAGCUCAGUGUGAUAAUCUCCAGGCUCUUGACCUUUCUUACAAUAACCUGUUUGGCUCAAUACCAAAACAAAUUUUUGCAUUACAAAAUCUAACCAAGCUGCUGCUACUUUCCAACGAUUUAUCAGGCUUUAUACCGCCUGAGAUUGGAAACUGCACAAACUUGUACAGAAUCCGCAUGGGUGACAAUAGGCUAUCGGGUACUAUUCCAUUGGAGGUGGGAAAUUUGAAAUUUUUGAACUUCCUUGAUAUGAGUAACAACAGCUUUGUGGGAGGAAUCCCACCCUCAAUUUCAGGAUGUGCAAGCCUUGAGUUUCUUGAUCUCCACUCGAAUGGACUAACUGGUUCUGUGCCCAAUACUCUGCCCAAAAGCCUACAGUUUGUGGAUAUCUCAGACAAUAGGCUAACAGGUUCACUGAAUCCUAAUAUUGGUUCAUUGACUGAAUUAACAAAACUAAACCUAGGGAGUAAUCAACUUUCCAGUAGGAUUCCAGCAGAGAUCUUGUCUUGCAGUAAGCUUCAACUGUUAGAUCUUGGAAAUAAUGGUUUCUCAGGUGAUAUCCCGAAAGAACUGGGUCAAAUCCCAGAACUUGAAAUCUCUCUCAAUCUAAGCUGUAACCAGUUCGCAGGUGAAAUCCCAUCCGAAUUCUCAAGUCUAACCAAACUAGGAAUCCUUGAUGUCUCCCACAACAAGCUCACUGGAAACUUAGACACUAUUGCAAGCCUCCAAAAUCUUGUCGCCCUUAAUGUGUCAUUUAAUGAUUUCUCCGGUAAAUUGCCCAACACCCCAUUCUUUCGUAAACUCCCUAUGGCUAACCUUGCUGGAAACCAAGAUCUAUACAUUUCCAAUGGGGUUGUAGCUCCUGCUGACAGACAUGCCAAAUCUAUAAUGAAGCUAGCUAUGACAAUCCUCAUUAGUGGCAGUGCAGUGCUAAUGCUGCUUGCUGUUUACUCGUUGGUUCAAGCUCAUGUGGUCACCAAUGAUUCCAUGGAAGGUGGAAUUUGGGAAGUAACAUUGUACCAGAAGAUGGAAUUUUCCAUUGAUGAUAUAGUCAGGAACCUAGUAUCAGCAAAUGUGAUUGGCACCGGGAGCUCAGGAGUGGUGUACAGGGUGACAAUCCCCAGUGGAGAAACACUAGCAGUGAAGAAGAUGUGGUCAUCCGAAGAUCAGGCAGGAGCAUUCACUUCUGAGAUUCAGACUCUAGGAUCAAUCCGCCACAGGAACAUUGUGAGGUUACUGGGAUGGGCUUCAAAUCGAAAUUUGAAACUGCUGUUUUAUGACUAUCUUCCUAACGGAAGCUUGAGCUCACGCCUCCAUGGUAUUGGAAAGGGGGGAGCCGACUGGGAGGCAAGAUACGAUAUUGUCUUAGGCACGGCACAUGCUCUUGCAUAUUUGCACCAUGAUUGUGUUCCCCCCAUACUACAUGGAGAUGUCAAAGCCAUGAAUGUCUUGCUGGGACCUCACUUUGAGCCAUAUCUAGCAGACUUUGGGCUAGCCAGGCUUGUCCACCGUGAUGAUCAUUGUUCAAAGCAGAAUCAGAGACCUGUGCUUGCUGGUUCCUAUGGAUACAUGGCUCCAGAGUACGCUUCAAUGCAAGGCAUAACUGAGAAGAGCGAUGUAUACAGUUUCGGGGUUGUUCUUCUGGAGGUGUUGACAGGGAGGCACCCACUGGAUCCAACCCUUCCAGGGGGCGCACACUUGGUUCAGUGGGUUCGCGACCAUAUACAGGGUAAGGGAGAUCCGGCUGACAUUCUUGAUCCAAAGAUCAGGGGAAUGGCUGAUCCUCAGAUGCAUGAAGUGCUGCAGACACUGGCAGUUUCAUUUCUCUGCAUCAGCACGAGGAUUAAUGAUCGCCCAACAAUGAAGGACAUUGUUGCGAUGCUUAAGGAGAUUCAAUAUGUUGAUCCUAUAAGGUUAGAUUCGGGUUUGUUGAAGGGAGAUCUGUCUGCUCUUCCUCCAUCACCCCCUAUUAGGAAUGUGGCCUCUGUAGGAUCUUCCAGCUGCUCCUUUGCCUUCUCUGAUAAUUCAAUGUAAUUAAGCUUCAAGGCAAGUGUCACCAAUUUUGUGCAUAUUUAGUAGGAGAAUCCAUUAGAGAAGGGCAAACGCAUUAGAGGAAAGUUAGUAUAAGUUCCUUAUCUAUUAUCAUGUGGCAAUGUUAAUGUAAUUAAGCUUCAAUAGAAGGAAUAUGUUGGGGGGAAAGAUGAGAAGCAGUGAAGCAUGAUUAGGGGAUUGGGAAGGCUUUAACUGUCUUUUUCUUGGAGGUUGAAAGAGUAUGCUAGAGGCCAAGUAGAAACUGGGCCAAUGAUUGGUUGUCUUGGAUUUAUAUAAUUAGAGUUUCUCACAAGGAAUAAGAUUCUCUCUCUCUCUCUCAAAGUGUCAGCCUUUCCAGCAGUCCUCACAGGGCCCCCACGUGUUCAUGUGAUGUUUUCUGCAAGUGGCUUUCCAGGGAUGAGUAACCUUUCCCACAGCCUACUAAUCUUGACCUACAAGACUUUGCACAUCCUGAUGACUCGUUACAAGCAAGAUAAUGGCCUCAUAAACAUACUCAAACACUAAGGUUAAUGUCCGGUAAACAAAAUGAGGAUGAAUGAAUGGUGAGAUCCAUGCCGUUUUGUGAGGAUUCAGAGAAAGUUGUCUUUAUAUGCAAUCUUACUCUACUUUAUAAAGCGAUCGUUUUU